AUGACCUCGACAUCCGCUGCUCAUUCACAUCUUGCUGAAUACGAGAUUUGGUGGAGGGACCACUACAACUUCCUGGAAGAAAAAGGCUACAAGCUGCGCAGUCGCUACAGUCCGGAUUGGGUGCCGUCUUGGACGAACACUAACAAAGUUGACAUAAAUUGCGAGGAUGGAAUUUCGUCACCGCACUAUCUUUUACUGGAUGCACGGCGCACUCAAGACGGUGCUCGCGUAUUACUUAAAUGUAUUGACGUAUCGCGACACCCGUAUGAGAUAGAGAUCGGCCGCUAUUUUUCCCGCUCACCUCUCAGCGAAGACCCAGCCAACCAUUGCGUGCCAAUUUAUGACGUUCUAGAGGUUCCCAAUGCCGAACAUCUUAUGAUCUUGGUCAUGCCGUUACUUCGAAAUGCUACGGAUCCCUAUUUUGACACAGUGGGGGAAGUUGUAGACUGCAUCCACCAGCUUUUCGAGGGGCUGUGCUUCAUGCACAGGCACCACGUUGCUCACAGGGACUGUAUGCAACUGAAUAUACUGAUGGACGGUAGUAUGUUCAUAGAUGCGUGGCAUCCAAGCGAACAAUACAUGUCGGAGGACCUCAAACGCGCAGCCAGGCAUCGUACGCGCACGCAGUCUCCGCCACGAUAUUACUACAUAGACUUUGGUAUUUCCCGCAAGUACGAGGCGUCUAACACCAACCCAUUAGAAGACCCCAUCUUUGGUGGAGAUAAAGAUGUGCCUGAGUUCAAGGAAGACAAUUUUAAACCUCGAAACCCAUUCCCAACUGAUGUUUGGUAUCUUGGACAUGCUAUUCAAGAAACAUUUCUUGACCGUUACUCAGGUGUGGAGUUCCUGAGCGGUCUGGUAUCGGACAUGAUGCACUCGGAUCCAGCACAGCGUCCAAACAUGGACGAAGUUUUUUCUCGAUUCCAGGUUCUACGCCAGGGUUUCAGUAAAUGGAAAUUACGUUCCCGGGUGGCUCAUGAGGAUGACGGCUCUCUUUUUGAUUUCCUAGCCCACUGGGCACAUCGCAUUCAGUACAUUGUACGCAGGAUUUCCCCAACGCAUACUUUGCUGUCAUAG